AUGACCUUGGUGUCCUCCAGCAAGAACCUCCACACUCCAAUGUACUUCUUCAUCUCACAACUGUCCAUCAGUGAUAUCUGGUUAACCAUAGUUAUUGUCCCCAACAUGCUCCACAUUCUACUGAAUAAUGGUGAGACCAUUGCUAUUAAUGACUGCAUCACUCAGUUUUAUUUUUUUGUUGUCUCGGAAACAUUUGAAUGUCUUCUUCUAACAGUGAUGUCUUAUGACAGAUAUGUGGCCAUCUAUAAUCCUCUCUGUUAUACCUCUAUAAUGACAAGAGCCUUUUGUGUGAUAUUAUCAGUCUUCUGUUGGUUCCUUGGUAUUUCCAUUAGCUUGGUUUACACUAUAACAAUAUCAAAGCUAAAUUUUUGUGGGCUAAAUGUCAUUGACCAUUUCUUCUGUGAUCUUGUUCCCUUAUUAGAACUUGCCUGUUCUGAUACCUUCAUUGUUCAUCUAGAGGUGUAUUUACUAAGUAUUCCAACUGUAAUAAUUCCAACCACCAUCAUCAUACUGUCUUAUACUUGUAUUGUUUUAGCAAUCUUAAAAAUCCAAUCCAAUUCUGGUAGAAGGAAAGCCUUCUCCACCUGUAGCUCCCACCUCAUUGUGGUCUCCAUAUUCUACUGGACUAUGUACAGUGUUUAUGUUGUCCCUACAAAAAGACAAAAUCUCUCCAUCAGUAAAUUCCUUUCCCUGCUGUAUACUGUCUUUACUCCUUUGGUGAAUCCCAUUAUAUACAGUUUAAAAAAUUCAGACAUUAAGAAAGCUAUACAAAAAGCAGUCCAUAAACAUGAUGCCUGA